AUUAAAAACAAAGGAAAAGAAAAGAUGGUAUAUGAAAAAGACAAAAUAGAAGGAAAAGCACAAGCAAAAAAUAUCACUAUAAAAGCAAAAAAGGAAGAAAAUGAUACAAGAUAUCAAAGAAAUGAAGAGAAUAGAGGGAGAAAGUAG